UCUCUCUCCCAUUCAACCUUGCAAUUACAAGCAACAAGUUUUCGUCCCCUAAGAUCAUGCAGUAUUUCACGACGAAACACACUUUAAAUUGCACACAAAUUCCCUCAUUAAUCAUCACACCCUCUAGCUAUACCAACUAUAUUGAUCAUCACUAUGGCCAACAACACAAUCCUUAAACUCACAACAAUUCUCAUUCUUCUCAUCAUGCAUAAUUCCCUCUUUGUUUCUUCAAGUGACAUAGACCAAGAUCAUGAUGACAUAAACGAAGAGGAAGAGGAAGAGUAUGUUCUUGACACCCCAUUGCCCCAUCUAGGGCCAAGAAGCAGGUUCUUGGCAAGCAUAAUAAAGAAAGGGAGACAGUGUGAUCGUGAGACCAAUAACAUAUGCAAUGGUGUUAGGGCAAACAAGGGGAGAGACCUGCUUUUCUGCUGCAAGAAGCAUUGUCGCAAUGUGCUUAGUGACAAGAACAAUUGCAGGGUGUGUGGCAACAAGUGCAAGCAAGGGGAAAGAUGUUGCAAUGGGGUUUGUACCAAUGUUUUGUCUAAUGUUCGUCACUGUGGCAAGUGCAACAAGAAGUGUUCACCCGGAGAUUCGUGUGGGAAUGGAGUUUGUGGGUAUGCAUGAAAGGAAAAAUAAAAAGUUAUUGAAAAAGGUUAGGGUCUUGUGAUCCAUAUAUUAAUUAUGUAAUAGUUUGAUUUGAGAUAUGAAAAGAUUUCCCAUUUUAGUUUCAUUCUUAGGCUUUUAAUAAAGGGGCAAAGGGAAAGAAGGAUUGGAAUGAGUUGAAUUUUUAUGUGGUCUCAAAUUUAAGUGUACACAUUUGAAUUUUGU